AUGGCUCAGACUACCACCAAAGCUCAUACCCUACACUUUUCCUAUGACAACGACGAUAGUUGUGCGCUCACAGCUCUCAUCAAUGAUGUCCGUUUCCACGUCACUGUCGACCCCAAGGUACUUCAGAAGUCCUCUGAGAAGCCUCUCUACUAUGAAUACCUCGACAAGAUAUCUGCGCUUCGCGAAGCCGACGAGCGCGAAGAGGAGCUAGCCGAAGAACGAGAAGCAAAAGUGAAGAGCAAGAAGAACAAGAACAAAGACCGACAAGGCUCAGAGGGAAAGGAUAGUGGCAUCGACGUCACAGCCGACUCUGACGACGAAUACGUAGAGGACGACGUCUCAGAAGCAGGAGAAGACGCCGAUCAAGACUCCGCGAGCGCAGGCGUCGAACUGCGAAACUGGAUCCUCGCCUCCUUCUCCGAAAUCACAAACACCUACGCACCACCGAACCGCGAACCCGAAGAAUCCACCUUGUACGAAUGGUACCACGGCCCCACCUAUUUCUACACCCUACAAAUCGCCAGCGGAGAACUCUCACCAGAACUCUUGGAAACAACAUCCGACCUAGAAGCCCAAAUCGAAGCCCUCGUCCCCCGCAUGAAAGUCCCCAAAUACAUGCAAGAUUACAAGCUCCCCUGGCUCAACGCCAACGAUUUGACCGUCGAGUCCGAAGUCAGCAUGCCACCUCCAGCACACCCAGGCCAAGUCCUCCACAAAGAAACAAACGAGACAUACUUCUUCAAACCGGUCGUAGCCGACCAACCCGACUCUGUGAAGCGCGAGAUACAGAUCCUGCGUAAGAUCGAGAAAUUAGGUCUUGAUAUCAAGUUUCCCCAUCUACGCGGGUUUGUCGCUCAGGGCAAGAGUAAGACUGAAGUCAUGGGCUUGUUGUUAGAGAACAUCGAUGCGCCAACACCAUUGACCAAGUUGCUCAGGUCGUCGGUGGAUGAAGAGAAGAGGCGUGUUUGGAGUGAGAAGAGUGCGGCGUAUGUAUCAUUACUCCACGACAAUGGCAUCAUUUGGGGUGAUGCGAAAGCAGACAACUUCAUGGUCGACGCGAAUGACGAGCUUUGGAUUAUUGAUUUCGGGGGCAGUUAUACAGAGGGCUGGGUGGAUCCCGAUAUCAGUGAGACGCUUGAGGGAGACGAUAUGGGGCUGGAGAAGAUUCAGGCUGCGCUCGAGGAUCCGGAUAAGAAUACGGCGGAUUUGGGGUUGGUUGACGAGGAGGAGGAGGAUGCAGAGGCGGUGGUGGAGCAAGGAGUGAGUGAGCAGAGUAGUAGUAGUGUCAAGGAGACGGCUAGUACGUUAUUUGUUACGGAGAAGUCGGCUGGUGAGGAGGUUACGAGGACGGAGAAGAGGAAGAGGGCUGUGGAUGAGGUUGAGAGUGAGGUUGGUGAGAGUGGAGCUGAGGUUGCUGGUGACGAAGACGAGCCUGUGGAGAAGAAGAGGAAGAGCGAAGAGUGA